UCCUGUCUUAUCCACGUUUAAAACGCAAUAAUGGAGUUUGUUUAACGUGUAAAAAGUAUAAAUAAAGUUUUGCUACACUGAAAGAGCGAACUAGAGGAAUGAUAAUAAUUACUACUAAUAAUAAGCACCUGUUGUAAAUCUACGCUAAUCAGAAUUGUGAUAAUAAAAGUGUUUUAUUCAUACAACCAACAGAAGUACCUCAAUUUACCUGAAAGGAGCUGUCUCGCGCUGUCUGAUUCUCAACAGUCGUCUCGCUCUGUUUGAAUGACGCGCCUGCGCGCUCCGAAACCACGCCCACCAGAUGACUAAACCGUAGAAAUGAAUGGGAUAGGGAUAUAAAUAAAUAGCUAAAUAAAAAAGACUGCACUUUGCAUUCCUUAUUUUCUCCUGCACUGUGAUUGCAAAUGUUAUUACAUUAUAUUAUAUGUAACCAGGUGAAAAAGAAGACAACAUUCCAAUGGUGAAACUGGUUAUUAAAGCCCUUAAUGAAGUGUAUUGUCCCUGCAGUGUGCACAGAUGUCCUUCUCAUCUAGUGAUAAAAUGUUACGCUGGCCCUUUAAGAAGCAGGUAUGUGAGUUCCCGUUCUGUCCAGAAGUAUCGCGAGAGUUCACAUGCGAGCAGCGCGAGUUACAACGUGAUGCAGUUCUUAUGCGUGUGUUUGUAAAACGGAUGGCUGCGUGUCUUCACCAUUGAGGCCAAUUUCUGUGGAGACACUUGAAAGUAAAUCUCAUCAUUAUUUCUGAAAGAGUAGACACAGAAGAACAUGGUGUCCACAAGAGCCUCCAGUAGGAGGAAGAGAUUUACGAACCAGAGCAGUUUCCAAAGACACCAGCGUAUUCACACUGGAGAAAAACCGUAUCAGUGCUCACAGUGUGGAACGAGUUUCACACGGAAAUAUACUCUCCAGCAACACCAGCGCAUUCACACAGGAGAGAAACCAUUUAUCUGUGUACAGUGUGGGGCAAAAUUUACUGACCGGUCUAAUCUCAAAACACACCAGCGCAUCCAUACAGGAGAGAAACCAUAUUACUGCUCAAAAUGUGGAAAGAGUUUUAAUCGAGAGAGUACUCUCCGACAACACCAGCGCGUUCACACAGGAGAAAAGCCGUAUCAGUGUUCACAGUGUGGAAAGGGUUUUGCUUAUUUAAGUAAUUUCCAGGAACACCAGCGCAUUCACACAGGAGAGAAGCCGUAUCAGUGCUCAGAGUGUGGAACGAGUUUCACACGGAAAAAUGCACUCCAGCAACACCAGCGCAUUCACACUGGAGAGAAGCCGUAUUUCUGCUCACACUGUGGAAAGAGUUUUAAUCGAGAGAGUAAUCUCCGACUACACCAACGUAUUCACACAGGAGAGAAGCCGUAUUACUGCUCACACUGUGGAAAGUGUUUUAAUCAAGAGAGUAAUCUCCGACAACACCAGCGCGUUCACACAGGAGAGAAGCCGUAUCAGUGCUCACAGUGUGGAAAGAGUUUUGCUUACUUGACUAAUUUCCAACGACACCAGCGUAUUCACAUGGGAGACGAAGCCGUAUCAGUGCAAAACCAGACCUAAACCCAGUUGAGCAGCAUUUCACCUCCUGAAGAGGAGACUGAAGGGAGAAACCCCCUGAAACAAACAGCAACUGAAAGAAGCUGUGGUAAAAACCUGGAAAAGCUUCACAAAAGAAGAACGCAACAGUUUGGUGUCAGUGAGUCACAGGUUUGAUGCAGUUACUGAAAAUUGCUCGCAUAAAAAUUGGGUGGUCUGAUACAAAGGGUUCUAUGUUUUAUGUUGUUUAACACAUCUAGAUGUGAAUACCAAGAAAUAAAAGCUGAGAUCCUAAACUCUCCUCUCAAAUCCAUCUUUUGAUCUCAAAUGCAAAUGUCUUUGAUGUACAGCACAAACAAAUCAAUAGCACAAAUAGUAAUAUAGCAAAAAUAAAGCACAUCAAUGACAGGACAGGGGGCGGAGUCAGGACUAGAAUCAAAAUAAACACACAUGGAAGAGUAAACAAAGAGAGAGAGAGAAAAUUUAUGACACUGUGUUUCACUCGCCUUGUAACCACUUCCCAUAGGAUUACAUCUAAAAUCUGUGCUGGUGUUUAAGAUAAAACGUAAUUCUUCUACAAAACAGUGACUCAGUUUCUUCUAUUAUGGGGCAAAUAAUGGAGGUCAGAGUUCAUUAGGAUCCACUUUUUCUAUUCUGAUUCUGAUAGCCAUCUGAUAUUGUUUUCUUUAAAAACUACUAAGCUUUAUUUUUGGUAACUGAAACACUUCACAGUUAAUCUCGUUCACACAAAAACACCCACAAUGUAACUCUAAUAAAUAUAAUAAAGUAUAAAUAUAAUAAAAUCAAUUCUAACAAAGGAAAAAACAAUCAAGUGCCUUUACAGUAUACAGGUGCAUCUCAAAAAAUGUAAAUAUUGUGGAAAAGUUCUUUUUUUCUUCUUUAAUUCAAAAAGUGGAACUUUCACAUAUUCUAGACUCAUUACACAUAAAGUGAAAUAUUUCAAGCCUUUUU